AUGUAUCGUACAUAUAAAGGGAGUGUGAAUAUAUCCGAGGGCAAUGUCACUAAUUCCCAGAACUAUAAUCAAAAAGAGAAGUCGUUGAAUGACCAACAAUCGCCAAAGUUAUCUGAAAGCAAUGACAAAGAUCGGGAUACAGACUUAGAAGACGAGGUUGAAGAACCCAUAGACGAUCCCAGGAUACGCUCUGCAACAGACAGUUCUGAGGAUCUCGAGCAUUCGGACUCAAAUAACGAGCUACAAAGCCCUGAUUCUCAUGAAAAUAUGGAAAAACCUGCUUCUAAAGUGUCCAAAAAGAACCCUUUGUCCCCAACCGACAAAAGGGAGUCAAUACAUGAAAGCGUGACCAAGUGUUCAAUUUGUAUGAACAAAUUCCGAAAUCCGAAAAGUUUGCCCUGCUUGCACACAUUUUGUAUGUCGUGUCUAUCCCGAUACAUCAUACAAUUUAUACAGGAAGAUAAGGCUGUCAAAUGGAGCGGUUUUCCUUGUCCGACAUGUCGAACUACUGCCAUUCCGACCGAUACAACUGUCGAUGCUUCCAUGUGGGCUGAGCAGUUUCCUACCAAUAAUUUCAUCUUAAGUGUUAUGGACAUGGUAAGUUUUGAAAAGGCUGAGAAAACAUGUGAACCCUGUGACAGACAGCACAAAAAAGGCGUAAAAGCUGAUAUGUGGUGCAAGCAUUGUAAAGUAUGCCUCUGUAGAAACUGCUUGUCAUUUCACAAUGCUAUGUUUCCUGACCAUGGACCUGUCUCGAUAACUAAGGUUACAAGAGAGCCAACCACGCUAUGGGAGGGUCAAGACAUGCAAUGCACGCGUCACAAAGAAAACCUGAAUUUAUUUUGUAUCGACCAUCAAGUUCUUGCUUGCCCAACGUGUGUUGCAGUUGAACAUCGGCGUUGUUUACGAGUGAUGACAUCAGAGGAUUAUGCGAGAGAAUUGAAAUCUACCGAAGAAUUGGAUAGAGUUGUUCAGCAGUACAGCGAAUGUCUGAGAAGUCUAGAUGAUAUCGUGCAAGAAAAUUUACGACAGAGUACCCACAUCACUAACAGGAAACAAGAAAUCGUCAGCAAGAUCAAAGAAUGCAGACGACAGAUCAACAGUCAUCUUGAUGAUAUUCAGAAUAGCUUUCUAAACAAACUAAAUGAGACCCACAGAGAAGAAGUUGACAAAAUUGACAACCAAAUUCGGGAAAUCAAAAUAUUACAAACAGCUGUUGAGAACUCGAAGAAAAUGGUUGAAGCAACCAUAACCUACGGUGGAGAUUCGCAGUUGCUGUCAACUAUUUUGAAAGCCAAGUCCAACUCUUUGGACUACAAACAAAAAGCCAUAGAAACCUCAGAGAAAACCGAAGAUGUGGAUUAUUCUUUCAAUAUGGACAGACAAGUACGCGAGUUACCAACAGUUAUACAAGAAUUUGGGGAAAUAAAAGUUGUAAGAGCCAAACGAGGAAUCCCAAAAUCUAUUUCAAGUAUGAAACAAAUGUUUGAAAGAAAGGCCAAGGAAAUCCAUCGUUUCUUUGUGAGACUUCCAUCAGAUAAUAUCGACUGCGUCAUCACGAGUGGUCUCUACUUGCCAGACGGACGUCUGAUUAUUUGUGAUUUCCAUAACCGCUGCGUUAAAAUGUUCCGAGAUACCGGCAUCUUCGUAACAAAACUUCUUCUGCAAUCUGAGCCUUUUGGAAUAUGCAAAGUUGAUAAUGCUACAGUUGCAGUAACCCAACCGAACGUUCGCGAAAUCAGCAUUAUAGCCAUUACAGACGACCAGAUGAAUGAGAUCAACUCUAUCGUUCUUGGCAAAGUCUGUUACGGAAUUGAAAAAUUCAACGACGAAUUGCUUGUUCUUCUGCCAAUGGAGAAACCACUUCCUUGUUUGAGCGUUGUCGAGUUGGACGGAACGGUAAACGACACCAUAAAGAAAGACAGCGCCGGAAGAGCAAUGUUCGAGCACCGACCGUUUCAUAUCACCGUCAACAAGUACACAAACGAAAUCUACGUGACGCAGAAAACGACAGCCGCACGAGACAAGCGUGGUUUAAUCCUAAGAGAAGAUUUUGAUGUGAAAUCUGAAAUACAUCACAAAGAUAUCCGGUGGGCACGUGGUGUUGACAUUGACUUUGAAGGAAAUGUAUAUAUUUGCGGACAAACAUCUUCCAAUGUCGUACAGUUCACCCCUGACUGUUCCCAAUCACGUGUUAUCCUGACGACUUCCGGAGGCAUUCAGCAUCCGGCAGCGAUUGGUUUCAACCAUAAUAAAUUCUUUUUGACCGACGUUGGUGAUGAUAACAGAAAUGUAUUGAAGAUUUUUGAGCUGAGUUAAUAGUCCAAGACUGAAGUGAU